UAAAUGGCUCCUCCAGAUAUGAUGGCAGCCCUGCCGCUGAGGACAGAGAGCUGUGUGGAGUCAGCAGUCCUUACUCAGAGGAGAAACAAGGAACAGGGCCACUGCCCAGGGCCAUGUCGCUGUCAGCGAGGAACUCUGGGAUCACACACACUUUCUCUCCCUCUUCCAUGUGCCACUACUACUGUCAACUCGGCCCUGCUGAUUCCUGAGUCCCCCUGCAUGGCACACUCAGUGUACUCCAUGGGGCACUGUCUCUUGGCCUCUUCACAACUGGAGAAGCAGGGAGAUCACAGCCCAACGUUGGAGAAGAGCAUAGUGGCAGCCCCUCUGGAGGGGACACUGGGAUGGCUCCUGGUCUGUGUGAAGUGGUUCCUGAUGUCGGGGCAACACUUCCCAGUGUCCGAAGGCCUGAUCCUUGCUCACACCUGCCCAGUCCACCUGAGAGCCCCUGAGAUGGAUUCAUCUGAUACCAGGAGCCUCUAGGACCCAGAAAUUUAACUGUCAAUCAAGAGGCAUGUGAGGGAAAGUCCAGCCCAGCCUGGGUGCCAGAAGGUCUGGAUUCCCGGUCUGCACAUUCCCUACAACGCUGGGCACUGAGAUCUCAUAUGUACUUCUGGCUCAGCUACUAACUUAGCUGUGUGGCUUUAGGAGACUCACUUAACUUCCCUGGGUCUGUUUCUCCAUUUGUAAAAUAAAAGGUUUGGACUAGGGAAUCCCCAAAUUUCCUUUCGGUAUAAAAGUUCUAUGAUUACCAGUGACCUGCUCAAGGUUCAUUAUUUCCCUCAUGUUUAAAGCACAGAAUCUUGUCCACUUCAUAGGCAGGUGGUGAAAGUCUAUGCAAAUGUGCUCAGUAAAUCUUAGGGCAACACAAAUGUCAGCUAUCAUCAUUAUUAUAAGAAUUCUUUAUGCAGCUCUUUCUUCAAAACAUGUUUUAUAUCUUUUACCAUUUGUGCUAAAGUGCAAUUUUUGCCUUACAGAAAUUCUCAAAAUUCAGGCUUUGGUUUGACAAAAGGAGACAAGGCGUCAGUUCAGGUAGAUGAAGUUGCUGCAAAUGACAGCAGCAUCUAAAAUUUCUUAGGAAGGAAUGGGCUAAGACCUACCCUUAGUCCCCAGAAAGACAAAUUCUUCUAAUUUCACUUAGGGGCAUGAACAUUUCUUAUUAAGAAACAGAACUCUAAAUGAGCCUUUACCCAAAGAAUGAAAAGGCCUUGGAGAGUUCUAAAGGCAAUAAUAGUAAAUCUAGGUGCUUAUCUUUUGCCUUCAACUGUGCUUUUUCAAGUACUUUACCCAAAUUAAUUCAUUAGUGCUCCUAAACCCACACCAGCCAUCACUUUGCCUUUGAGAUAGAGGGAGGUGAUAUUACCUGAGCUUUGCAUUAGGAGAAAUCCCCUGGGUUGACAGUCCCUCUGUCCACACCCAGUGGAAUCCUCUCCUGCCAACAGUGGCAAACUCCUUUGUUUGUUUUGAGGUGGAGUCUCUGUCACCCAGGCUGGAGUGCAGUGGCGGGAUCUCAGCUCACUGCAACCUUCACCUCCUAGGUUCAAGAGAUUCUCCUGCCUCAGCCUCCUGAAUAGCUAGGACUACAGGCAUGCUCCACCACGCCCAGCUAAUUUUUUUGUAUUUUUAGUAGAGAUGGGGUUUCACCGUGUUGGUCAGGCUGGUCUCAAACUCCUGGCCUCAAGUGAUCUGCCCACCUUGGCCUCCUAAAGUGCUGGGAUUACAGGCAUGAGCCACCGCACCCGGCUAGCAAACUCUCUUAUCUCUUGUUCUCCAUUCCCAGGGCUCCCAUGGUACAAACUCAGUACCUUGCUCAGCAUCCCAGGGUGUUAGAACUGAAUGGCUGCUUAUGGACUCCCUGCGGUGGGCACCUCCUUCUUUUACAGCACAGAAAAUCGAAGCAUUCAAUUCACUCAGGGAGAGGAAGUGAAAUACCCAAAGCAACACAGCUAGUUAGGGACAGGGUCACUACCUUGUUUUAAGAGAUGAAAAAUAGGAACUAUCUCCCACCCUCUUCCCUAACCAAACACUCUUUGCACCCCUCCAAGUAUCUCAAUACUGCUUAAGCCUGAGGAGUACGGGGAAGAUGAGGUAUAUAACGUUUAUCUACUCACACAGCACAGAGUUUCUGUUGCCACCUCUGAGCAGCUGUCUUGUUCUGGGCAACUGUGAUCUCCCUUCCUCUCCUAAGCUCUUGGAAUGAAUCACUCUUAAGGGAAAAGGAAGUUGCAAUUCCAUUAUUCUGUAUAGCGUGAGUUAAGGGGAAGGCCUCUCUCCUUUGUGUUGUGGGAAGUCAGGGACCCCAAACGGAGGGACCGGCUGAAGCCAUGGCAGAAGAACAUGGAUUGUGAAGAUUUUAUGGACAUUUAUUAGUUCCCCAAAUUAAUACUUUUAUUAUGCCUGUCUUUACUGCAAUCUCUAAACAUAAGUUGUGAAGAUUUCACGGACACUUAUCACUUCCCCAAUCAAUAUGCUUGUGAUUUCCUAUGCCUGUCUUUACUUUAAUCUCUUAAUCCUGUCAGCCGAGGAGGAUGUAUGUUGCCUCAGGACCAUGUGAUAAUUGCAUUAACUGCACAAAUUGUAGAGCACGUGUGUUUAAACAAUAUGAAAUCUGGGCACCUUGAAAAAAGAACAAGAUAACAGCAAUGUUUCGGAAACAAGAGAGAUAACCUUAAACUCUGACCACUGGUGAGCCAGGCGGAACAGAGCCAUAUUUCUCUUCUUUCAAAAGCAAAUGGAAGAAACAUCGCUGAAUUCUUUUUCUCAGCAUGGAACAUCCCUGAGAAAGAGAAUAUGCACCUGGGGGUGGGUCUCCGAACUGGCCCCCCGGGUGUGGUCAUCUCUUAUGGUCCAGACUGCAGAGAUGAAAUAGACUCCAGUCUCCCAUAGUGCUCCCAGGCUUAUUAGGAAGACGAAAUUCCCACCUAAUAAAUUUUGGUCAGACUGGUUGAUCUCAAACCCUGUCUCCUGAUAAGAUGUUAUCAAUGACAAUGGUGCCGGAAACUUCAUUAGCAAUUUUAAUUUCGCCUCGGUCCUGUGGUCCUGUGAUCUCACCCUGCCUCCACUUGCCUUGUGAUAUUCUAUUACCCCGUAAAGUACUUGAUGUCUGUGUCCCACACCUAUUUGCACACUCCCUCCCCUUUUGAAAAUCCCUAAUAAAAACUUGCUGGUUUUUGCGGCUUGUGGGGCAUCACGGAACCUAUCGACAUGUGAUGUCUCCCCUGGAUGCCCAGCUUUAAAAUUUCUCUCUUUUGUACUCUGUCCCUUUAUUUCUCAAGCCGGCCGAUGCUUAGGGAAAAUAGAAAAGAACCUGCGUGAAUAUUGGGGCAGAUUCCCCGAUACCUUUUCUGUCAUCUAAUAGCUAAAUUAACAUAAGCCCAUAGGCACAGGGAUUCAGGUAACAGAAACCUAGCUUGUGACGAUUACAACGUGAAAUGAAAAUGUA